AUAUGCCGAGAGACAUGAUAAAGUAAUCCUUCAACACGAUAAUGCACGGCGAGUUGCACUUUUUACUCGAACAUCUUUAUUAUAUAUUCACAUAUCCGCAUACUAGAGUACAAAGGUAUAUGCACUACGCGUUGGUGAUAGAAAUAUUGAUGCAGCUAACACUGUCAGACAUGAAUUUUGCUAUACGAAGUUAUGUAAAGCGGCACUUUGACGACAACCCUUUAUGUUUCUAUAAAGAAGUACAUUUCGUCCAAUUUUUUGAUAGAGUCACUGAGAAUAAUGCCGAAAUGAAUGAAGAGAUUGCAUUACGAAACUCUCGAAUCCUCUUGGUGUUCAUUAUGUUAAGUCCGAGGAAAGUUUUAACAAGACUUAUGUUGUAUGGGAUAAGCAUUGAAUUUGAAGAAAAUUCUAUAUUCAAUCUAGCUCUAAUACGAGUAUAUUACCGACUGAAUAAAGGUCCUCACAACGUGCUAAUAUGCAUACUGAAGGAUAUAAUUUUCCAAAAGCGCAUAUUAUGGAAUAACAGUUUUAUGAUAUCUCUACAUCAAGCAUUACAGUAUAAGGUGUUGUAAAACGUUGUAAAUAAAAUAAGCAUUAUAGGCGUUAUCAAAUUUACAUAAAAUCAAAACAUAUUACAUCGCAGAUGUUUGGAUAAAAUUCGAUAACUUAUAUGUAUUAUUCUUUAUUCGUACAAUAAUGUAUCAAUUCUACAGUAAUUUUUAUCUAUAUACUUAAUUCGGGGCUUAAUUAAUAUCUUCAAGAAAAUGAGUUUUUUAAAAAUUCUCAAACUUUUUUCGUAGUAUUGGAAAUUCAAAAAAUUAUUGCAACCAUUAUAUUUUCUUCCUAUAAUUGCGAAAUAUUUGCAUGAACAAUUUCUUUCGUAAUAUCUACUUUCGAAAAUAUUUGCACGUUGCUCAGCCGGUCAAAAGGUACUUGGAAACCCUCAAAUGGGAAAUCCUACCCCACCCGCCGUAUAGCCCAGACAUUGCUCCUUCGGACUACUACCUCUUCCGAUCAAUGGCGCAUGGCCUGACUGAGCAGCACUUUCAGUCUUACGAAGAUACCAAAAAUUGGGUGGACGCAUGGAUUGCAUCAAAAGACCAAGAGUUCUUUCGACGCGGAAUUCGAAUGCUGCCAGAAAGAUGGGAGAAAGUAGUGGCAAAUGAUGGACAAUACUUUGAUUAACAUUGUUAUAUGCCUUCGUAUUGAAAUUAAUGCAUUUUUCUUGAAAAAAAUACGCGGGAACUUCCUCCUACACCUAAUAUUAAUAUAGUGAUAUUACUGUAACAAUAAUAAUAGAAUUCCUUAGGUAAGGAAGGCAGAUCGCAUUCGCAGACAUCGUUAAACGAUAAAAUUAAUAGUCUCGGUAAAUCUAAAUACUUCAAGUAUAUAUAAACGGAGUUAAUUAAAUUUAAUUUAUAUGUUACGAGAACAGGCAACUCACGAUUAAAUACC